AACCCAUCAGCAUCCUAACCGCUUCAUCGCCGGUGUCCGUGUGACAGAGAGAUUAUGUUCACUAUCAAGGUGUUGGUGGCGGUCGUACUCUGUACGACAGGGACGUUAGCUGCACCUCAACGGCCUUCAGGCGGCGCUGACAAAGAUGCGGUGAUCACAUCGCAACAGCUCGAAGUUAACUUCGAUGGCAAUUACGUGAAUAACUUCGAGACGAGCAACGGGAUCAGCCACCAAGAGUCGGGCCAGCCGAAGCAGGUAGACAAUGAGACACCCGUGGUCUCGCAGGGCUCAGAUUCGUACACGGCGCCCGAUGGUCAGCAAGUGAGCAUCACGUACGUGGCCGACGAGAACGGUUUCCAGGUGCAAGGCUCUCACAUCCCCACGGCACCUCCAAUACCGCCAGAGAUCCAAAGGGCGCUCGAGUGGAACGCGGCUCACCCCGAAGAGGACGACGGCGGUCAACCACGACCACCUGGCCGAGGUUAAACGGGCGAACAAUACCUCAAACGUGACCUGACUUCGAGCCAGCUUGCCAUGGACAGAACCGACCCCGGGCCUCCGAUGCAACCAUAAAAAUAAAUAUAGUGUGGUAUAUUAAUCUAGGAUUAUACGUAACAAAACGAAAAAAUAUUAAGGCGCGAGCCAGCCGGUAUAUAUAAUAACUAUAUACUUCCGAGAUUCUUUACCUUACCUGUAUAGAAGAAAGUGAUGCGCACUGUUCAGCAGCUUACGACAGGAUCGUGCCGAUGCGCGCACGCUACUUUCAAUACGUAAAUAAAAAAAAAAACGCGAGAAAAAAAAGAACGACGCCAUCGCAGCUGCGUGGACGCGUAACAAUAGCGUCGAUAGUAUAUACAUUACGUAUAUUUUAACUUGUGAUUUUUGUAUAUAAAUAAAAAGCGUUUUGCCGAAGAAA